CGGCGCGGCGCGGCGCGUUAACGCAGGGCGAUCAGAAGCAGGUGUCCGGAAGGGCGGCGUAGGGGCGCGGUCCCGGGCGGAGGGCGGAGGGCCGCGGAGCGCGGGGGACGCGCGGCCUGAUCUCGGCGUCGCCGCCGGCAGCCAGGGCUCUGCGCAGCCAUGGACAGCGGAGGGCGGCCCUCGCUGGGCCAGUUCAUCCUCCUGGGCACCAGCUCUGUCGUCACCGCCGUCCUGUAUUCCGUGUACCGGCAGAAGGCCCAGGUCGCCCAAGAACUCAAGGGAGCUAAAAGAAUCCACUUGGGUGAAGACUUAAAGAACAUUCUCUCAGAAGCCCCAGGAAAAUGUGUGCCUUAUGCUGUUAUUGAAGGGGCUGUUCGAUCUGUUAAAGAAACGCUUAACAGCCAGUUUGUGGAGAAUUGCAAGGGCGUGAUUCAGCGGCUGACACUGCAGGAGCACAGGAUGGUGUGGAAUCGGACAACCCACCUUUGGAACGACUACUCAAAGAUCAUUCACCAGAGGACCAACACAGUGCCCUUCGACCUGGUCCCCCACGAGGACGGCGUGGCCGUGGCCGUGCGAGUGCUGAAGCCGCUGGAUGCCCAGGAUCUGGGCCUGGAGACCGUGUACGAGAAGUUCCACCCCUCCAUCCAGUCCUUCACCGAUGUCAUCGGCCACUACAUCAGCGGCGAGCGGCCCAAAGGCAUCCAGGAGACGGAGGAGAUGCUGAAGGUGGGUGCCACGCUCACGGGCGUCGGCGAGCUGGUUCUGGACAGCAGCUCCGUGCGCCUGCAGCCCCCCAAGCAGGGCAUGCAGUACUACCUCAGCAGCCAGGACUUCGACAGCCUGCUGCAGAGGCAGGAGUCCAGCGUCCGACUCUGGAAGGUCCUGACGCUGGUCUUCGGCUUCACCACCUGCGCCGUUCUCUUCUUCAUCCUCCGCAAGCACUACCUGCAGCGCCAGGAAAGGCAGCGCCUCAUGCAGAUGGAGAAGGAGUUCCAGGAGCGUGAGGCCCAGCUGCUGAGCCGCGCCAAGCCCGAGGACAGGGAGAGUCUGAAGAGCGCCUGUGUCGUGUGUCUGAGCAGCUUCAAGUCCUGCGUCUUCCUGGAGUGUGGGCACGUGUGUUCCUGCGCCGAGUGCUACCGCGCCUUGCCCGAGCCCAAGCGGUGCCCCGUCUGCAGACAGGAGAUCGUCCGGGUGGUUCCCUUGUACAAUAGCUAACCGGUGCAGGGUGGCUCCGGGGGGGGCGGUGGGGGGGGCCCCCACCCCCUUUCUCAGGAGUUUUUGUCUUGAGGCCUAGCUGUCAUCCCAGCUGCGACUGAGGGAGCAGACUGGGGGAGCCAUCCCAGCCUCACAGCCCCAACACUAGGAUGUUGCCUUGCCACGGAGAGAGGGGACCCUUUUGCCACCGGCUGAGACUCACGGCCCCCCCCUGGAGUGGGGGUGGUGGCCUUGCCUGCCUUCCUGGAACCGGCGGAGCGUGUGCGUGUGUGUGUGUGUGUGUGUGUGUGUCUGCGUGUCUGCACCUCAUUGCUCGAGGUCACUCCCGGCGGAGUGCACGUGUGUGUGUGUGUGUGUGCGCGCGUGUGUGUGUGUGCGUGUCUACACCUCAUCGCUCGAGGUCACUCCUGGCGGAGUGCACGUGUGUGUGUGUGUGUGUGUGUUUGUUUGUUUGUUUGUGCGCGCGCCUGUGUGUCUGCACCUCAUCGCUUGAGGUCACUCCUGGCGGAGUGUGCGUGUAUGUGUGUGUGUGUGUGUGUGUGUGUGCACCUCAUCGCUUGAGGUCACUCCCAGCGUGUGUGUGUGUGUGUGUGUGUGUGUGUGUGAGAUGGCACCUCAUCGCUUGAGGUCACUCCCAGCGUGUGUGUGUGUGUGUGUGUGUGUGUGUGUGUGUGUGUGUGAGAUGGCACCUCAUCGCUUGAGGUCACUCCCAAGCCAGUGAUCUCCAGCUCUUCUGGUCCUUUCUGGGGAAUUGCUGGUGCCUGUGGUCUUGCACCUUGAGUGACUCAGCCAGCAGGGAGGCGAAGUCAGGCUCUGGGUGUGGUGUAUUGCCCCACAGAGCUGUCUGAAGAGUCGCCUCUGACGAGACUGUCACAGUCUUUCUUCCUUUUGCUUACACCCCAGGAAAAAGGCCAGACUGGACAUGAGAACUGUGUCCCUUUCCCCUCACCUCCUUACCUCUUAAUGUGUACACGUGUGUCAGGACAAAAGGGAGCGACGCCCGCCAUCUGCUUUCUGCCUAAAAGCUGGGAACCCUGGUCAGCAGGCUGAGGGGCUGCCAUGUGAGACCGUCAGGCUGUCCUGUCGUCCCCAGUGGUGAAGGUGGCAGCUUGGCUGCAGCCCUCCUGGUGUCUCCGGGACCGGAGUGCACCGCCAGCCCUGGCUGGGAGUGCGCGAGGCCCGAGGCCCGAGGCCCGAGGGCUGGCUCUGGCAUUCUCUGCCUGGGGUCAGCCCGAAAGGCCUCACCGCCUGAACAAAGCAAUAAGGCUGCUGCUGCCCCGGCCUCGUGGCCCUGUCAGCCUCCCUCCUGGGCUGUCACCGAGGCAAAGUCGCCAGCCAGCACCCUGAGCAGAGCCUCUUCCAGGGUCCCGCCUCCUCCCAUUGAGAAGUUAGCAUCCCGUGGGUGGAGUCACAUUGCCCCUUCCUGGGUUGCUGUUCACUCCCUCACGUGCCCCCUCCUUGAAUUUGUGGAAAGAAGUGGGGGCACCCCUCUCACCUCCUCUGACUAGUCAGAGGUCUCGUACACAGCUCUUCUCUCCCUUCCAUGACUUUGAAUAUUCAUCCACUAUCCCCUUUGUGUGGGGGAGGUGGGGGCUCUCAGGGGGCUGACACCCGUUCUAUGCAGGGUCCUGUGUGGACAGCACAAAUUAAACACGUUACAACCAAG